AUGGAGACGGAGAGAUAUCUCACGUCAGACCAGUUGACGUCCUUGAUUCUCUUGGCGGACAAGAACUCCGGGGGACUCCUUGACUACGAAGAGUUCACGGAGCGCUUUGGCGGCUCCGGGGGUCCUUUGGGGAUUCCCGGAGGGGCGCUUCCGCCCCCGGCGGUGGAGGUGGCGGACGCCUCGGCCGAGGAGAUUUCGGUGGUCUGCGCCCGGACGGCCGCAGUGAUGGAAAGCCACGGCUUUCAGUGCGACCGCCUUCCGGCCCUGCUCGCCUUGUGGGGAAGCGUCGAGCUCCCGAGCCUGGCGGCGGUGAUCGCCUCCCUCCCCCUGGGCCUCUCCCGACGGGAAGCCGUGGCUUUGCUGAGCCAUGGCAGCGUGGAGGCCCUGGUCGCGAAGAUGGUGCAAGUGCAGAGAGAAGGGAUCUGGAAGAGCCACGUGGAGUGGGCACAGGGCCAGAUCCCGGGCCAUGCGCUCCGGCAGGUCCUACACCAUCAGGUCAUUGAGGCGGAGUCUCGAACUCUGGAGCCCAGUGACUUCAUGGAGGCCCUGGCCAACGCAGGUGUGCCUCCUGGCAACAUUCAGAUGGCCAUGUGGCUCGCGCAGAAGACGAGUCAAGGGGAUGUCCAGGUGGCUUCCUUCCUUGAGUCCUUCAGUGGCAGCCCGCAAGCCUCCGCAAAGAAGAAACGAGGACUCCUCUGGCGAAUGAUGGGACGAUGA